AUGCUCCCCACUGCCGCACCCAUCCCAUGCUCCCCACUGCCACACCGCAUCCCAUGCCUCUCACACCACUCGCAUCUGCCCUCUCUCCCUGUGCAUGUGCCUGUGUGUGCGGCAGGGACCCUGCCCCCAGUGACAUCCCUGGGUGCCAGUGCAGUGCCGUACGCAUACAACGGCAGUGCGGCGCUCACAGCACUGCAGCAGGACAUGGUGGCCAUCGCUGCCGCCCUCACCCCCGUGCCCGUGCCGCCCGCCGCCAUCGACUCCUUCGUCAACUCGCUGCUCCAGAACGAGGCAGGCGUGUUUGUGCGUGCUGCUGUCGCUCAAUUUCUCCUGCAGCAGGGCGCUGGGGGCGAUGGUGGGGGUGAUGGGGGGGCCGAUGGGGGGAGUGGGGGGAGUGGAGGGGAGGGGAUGCAAAUGCGGGUGAUGGCGUGUGACCGAAGCAAGUGGUGGUGCCGUGCUGUGGUAAGCAUGCAGCGGUUCAUGGGGUUCCGUGAUAGCAGCAGUGGUGCGAGCAGUAAUAGUGGGGAUGGUGGUGGUGGGGAUGAGACGGAAAAGGAGAAGCAGAAAGAGGAGGAGAAGAGGAAAAAGGAGGAGGAGAAGCGGAAGCGAGAAGAGAAGAGAAGGAAGGAGAAGGAGAGACGGGAGAAAGAAAAGGAGAGGCGGGAGAAGGAGAAGGAGCAGCGAGAGAAGGCGCAGAAGGGCACAGCAGCGGCGUCAGACGACAGCCUGACAACCUUCAACGCGAGUGUGCACGAGGGGCGAGUAGCAUUGCCACCACCCUCACUUGCUCGCCCCGCACCAUCAUCCGCCAACCUGCAGCAGCUAGCCGCUAACCGCCACCUUGCACCAAGUGCGGUUCCCCCGCCUGGCGGCGCCACGGCAUGUGACGACAGCGAGCGCCACGAGCUGGCGCUGGCGGCGGAGCUCUUUGAUUGGUCGAAACCGCUGGUGGUAACGAGAGCGCCCGGCCGCCUGGAUGUGAUGGGCGACAUUGCUGACUACUCCGGCUCGCUCGUGCUUCAGGUGCGCCUCAGGUGCGCCUCAGGUGGACCUCAGGUGGACCUCAGGUGCGCCUCAGGUGGGCCUCAGGUGGGCCCCAGCUUCUCCCUUUCCUCUCCUUCAGCUCCUGCUGCAAGGCGAAUCCGGCAUCCGGCGGGCAAUUGUUUCAGGCAUUGCCGCCUCUCUGUUUUUGUUGCCACUCUUAACCUUGCCUCUCCUGUGUCUCAAUCGUUCUUCCCUCCCCUCUCCCCCCACCAGAUGCCAACAGCAGAGGCGUGCCACGUGGCCAUUCAGGUCAUCCGCGCGCCCCCCACCGCCUCCCCCACAUCCCCUGCGCGCCCCCCCUGGCUGCGCAUGGUGUCCCUCAGUGCCGCUGCCAACCACCGCCAGCCCUCCGUCGCCCUGCCCCUCGCCCGCCUGCUGCCCGGCCUCUGCGCCUCUCCCCCCCACUCCGCCCCCUGCUCCCUCGACUAUGCCUCCGCCCACGCUCUGCUGGCAGGGGGGGCAGGCACGGGCAGUGGGGGGAAGGACGGGGUAGCAGAGGCGAGAGAGUCGGGGGAGGAAGGCGGAGGGGAGGGCGCAGAGGGCAGAGAGGGUGGCGCAGGGGAUGAUGCGAGAGAGGAGCCAGCAGAGAAGGGGGGAGGGGGAGGGGGAGGGGAAGGGGCGGGGGGGACGCGGUGGGCGGCUUAUGUGGCGGGGGCGCUGGUGGUGCUGGCGAGGGAGAGAGAGGCGGAGUUCCGCCAGGCAUGGAUGGGCGGGGAGCCGAGGCAGGGGCAGGGGGAAGGGGGGGAGGGCGGGGGCGGGGGUGGGGCGUUGGGGAGGGUGGAGGGGGUGGCGGUGGUGGUGGCAUCGGAUGUACCGGAGGGGGUGGGAGUGGCGUCAUCAGCAGCGGUGGAGGUGGCGACCAUGAUGGCUCUUGUGCAUGCUCUGGGCAUGCACGUGCCCCCCUGGCACCUCGCACGCAUGUGCCAGAUCGUGGAGAACAGCGUGGUGGGCGCCCCCUGCGGCAUCAUGGAUCAGAUGGCCGUCACCCUCGCUCGCCCCGCCUCGCUGCUCGCGCUGCUGUGCCGCCCAGCCAGCGUGCAGGGCUGCCUGGCGCUGCCCCCCCACGUGGCGCUGUGGGGCAUCGACUCGGGUGCGCGGCACAGCGUGGGGGCGGCGGGUUACGGCGGGGCUUGGUCGGCUGCUGCCCUCCUGCCCUUCCACUAUGCCUGCAUCGCCUCUGUGAUUGCUCAGGUGGUCGGGAAGGUGGUCGGGCAGGUGGUCGGGAAGGUGGUCGGGCAGGUGGUCGGGCAGGUGGUCGGGCAGGUGGUUAACCAUGUGACUAUUCAGGUGCUCUGCACACCGCACCUCAUCUAUCAGGCCAUCGCACAACCUGCCUCAUGCCCUCACUCACCUCACCCACUUCUUCCACCCUCCCUCACCCCCACUGCCACCCUCCACGCGUCCUCUUCCCACACUCUUCCAUUCCCAACUCCCACCACCCCUCCCCCUUCUUCCCUGUCAUCUGAACCCGCAUUCCUGCUCCCACCCCUGCCCGCCCAUGCCAGCGUGCCCCUACUGGAGCCCAUACUGCCCGCCACCAUGCACGGCAGCACCUUCCUCGCCCGCCACCCCUCCCAUGGCGACCCCGCCACCACGGUGGCUGCUGAUCUGCUCUACCCCGUGCUGCCCGCCACACGCCACCCCGUCAUGGACCACUUCCGCACGCGCUGCUUCCGCUCCCUGCUGCUCACAGGCGUGGGGGAUGAGGAGGGGGGGAAAGAGGAGGGGGGGAAAGAGGGUGAGGGGGAAGUUGAAGAGGGCCAAGGGGAUGAGGGGAUGGAAGGGGAUGGGGGCGCUGUAUCAGGCGGAGGGAGGCGUGAGCAGAUGGCAUUGCUGGGGGAGCUGAUGAUGCAGUCCCUGCUCAUGGCACUUUUCACACCUUGCCGUCUUUUACCCCUUGCUCACUCCGCUCCCCCCCCUGCCCCCUGUGCGCCGUGCGGUGGGGGAGCAGAGCCAUGGGAGCUACACGGCGUGCGGGCUGGGGUCGCCCUCUACCGACCUCAUCGUCGCCCUCGCCCGCACACACAUGGGGGCGCAUGUGAGUUGUGCUCAUGGGGGCGCAUGUGA